AUGGUCUCCCUCCUCGCACUCUCCCUCCUCGCCGUCCCUCUCGCGUCGGCUCAAGCUAUCUCCUCCAAACGCGGUCUCUGCUACGUUGCGACCAAAGACUCGAGCCAAGACGACAAGAUCUGGACCGAAAGCGGCUCUGACCUGACAUGGUACUACAACUAUGGUGCCUCACCCACCAGUGACAUCGGCAACACAGAGCUCACAUUUGUGCCUAUGCAAUGGGGUGCUCCUCCUACAAGCACAGACAUGACCUUCUACAACACAGUCGAAGGUCUCAUAAAGAGUGGAACAAAGAUCCCUUACGCCCUAGGUUUUAACGAACCUGACGGCUGCGCCAAUGGUGGUUCCUGUGUCGAUGCCGAGACCGCCGCCUCGACCUGGAUCCGUGAGAUUGAGCCGCUGAAGAAGAACUAUAAGGUCUCACUCGGUGCUCCAGCAGUGACAGGUUCUCCAGCAGGGUUCACCUGGCUCCAGAACUUCUUCACCGCGUGUAAUGGUGGCUGCACACCCGACUUUAUUCCUGUACAUUGGUAUGGAAAUUUUGAGGGACUUGCGAGUCACAUUGGUCAAGUCAAUGCGACGUACCCGAACAUGACUAUGUGGGUUACGGAAUAUGGGUACCCCGAAAUGUCUUUGAAGGAUACGCAAGACUUUUACAACCAGAGCGCGAGUUAUAUGGAUCGAUUAAGCUACGUUACGCACUAUUCAUACUUCGGCGCCUUCAGGUCGAGUGUGUCGAACGUGGGACCGAAUGCAGCCAUGUUGACGCAGAAAGGCGAGCUGACGGACAUCGGUGCGUGGUAUCUCGGAGAGAAGGCCGAAGGGAACAAGCCAAAAGGUGGUGCAGCACAGGUGGCCAAGUUCGCUGGGUGGGCGAUGGUGGUCGUUGGCGUCAUGUUCUGGCUGGUAUAG